AUGAACCACCUGAAUGAUUUCCGCAGGCAUGGCGUGUUGGAGGAUCUGCAGCUCUUCUGGGAGCUCGUGAUUGAGCGCUUCUUUGAUGCCGUGCGGUCGGUGCUGCUCUUCUGCCUCUUCCCCUGGCGGCUCCUCUCCUUCCUCUUCACUCCGCUGCUGCGCCUCCUAGGCCUCCCAGUCGCGCCCUCACAGGGCCUUCAACCCUCACCUGAAGCUGCCGCAUCUGCUGCUGGGGGGGCUGCUGCUGGUGGUGCUGAUGCCAGUGGGGGUUGGGGUGCUGCUGCGUUCAGUGCACCAGCAGCAGAUGUGGCACCCGAGAGUAGGUCGGCGGCGCACCUGUCGCAGCUGCAGAUGCAGCAGCAGGAGGAGCACGAGCGGCAGCAGCAGCAGAACGAGCAGCAGCAGGGGCAGAGCCGGUGGCAGCAGCAGCAGCGGCUGCGGCAAGCUGAGGCGCUGCAUGGACCGCGACUCAUGGACGCACGGACGUGUGAAGAUAUCAUCCGAGAUGCUGGGUACCCGUACGAGGCCAUCAAGGUGGUGACAGAGGAUGGGUAUGUGCUCACGUUGGAGCGAAUCCCAAGGAAGGACUCUUUGAGGGUGGUGUUCCUGCAGCACGGCAUUCUAGACAGCUCCAUUGGGUGGGUUUCCAAUGGUGUGGUGGGAUCUCAAGCAUUCGCAGCCUACGACCAAGGCUUCGACGUGUUUCUGGGCAACAUGCGGGGCUAUGUCACGAGGCAGCACGUGGAUCUGCGCAUCUCUGCCAGCAGGUACUGGAACUACAGCGUGAACGAGCAUGGCAUGUGUGACAUACGAGCCAUGAUAGACUGCAUCCACCACACCAAGAUCCGCGACCUCGCCCCUCCUCCCCGUCCCUCUCUCGUCCCACCUCAGCAGCAGCAGCAGCAGCAGCAGCAGCAGCAGCAAGCCGUGAACCCCCAGCAGAGCCAGGAGCAGCACGAGUGGCGGCAGCGUAGCCCUUCAGAAGCAUUAGAUGCCCUGGGCCUUGUACACAGUGACUCAUCCUUGCACCCUGGGCCUGCUGUACAUAGUCACGGUUUCGAUACAGGAGUAGCAGCAGGAGGUGCUGAUACGCUGUAUCGGGACAAGCCACAAUCGGGUACAGGUGGUUCUGGGUGGACACCUGGCAGCCAGACGAUGCAGGAUGGCGUGAUGACGUGGCAGCCAGGGUGGCACGAGGUGAGGCCUGCUCCUGUGUCGCUGAUAGAUGCUCUGAGGGAGAGGCGAGAGGAGGAGAUGAGGGAGGCGGAGAUGGAGGGGGAUAGAAGGGAUGGGGAGACAGCAGCAGCAGCAGCAGCAGCAGCAGGAACAGCAGCAACAAGUGCUGCAGAGGCUUCAGAUCAGAAGCAGCAACAGCAGCAGGGGCAGCAGCAGGGGCAACAGCAAGGGGAGCAGCAGGGGCAGCAGCAGGGGGUACCAUGGAGUGAGGAGCAGCCGUACCAUCUGCAGGCAGUGGCGCACAGCCUGGGAGGGGCAGCCAUGAUGAUCUACCUCGUCACCCAGCUAAUCCGGAAACAGCCCCACCGCCUCUCCCGCCUCAUCCUCCUCUCCCCCGCUGGCUACCACGAGAAGACCCCCCUCCUAUUCGAUGUGAUGCUCUUCCUCAUGCCAUACGUCGACUCGUGGCUCUCCCACUCCGUACCAGCCGUCUACAUCCCCACGCAGGGCCUGCGCCUGCUCUUCAACAAGCUAGCUCAGGACUUUCAAAACCUGCCUGCAUUGCGCUGCCUGGUUCAGGUCAGUCUACAUCCCCACCCACGGCUUGCGUCUGCUCUUCAGCAAGCUAGCACCGGACUUUCAGAACCUCCCUGCCUUGAGGUGCCUGGUGCAGGUAUGGCUGUUGCAGGUGUAUUCGUGUGUGGGUGUGAGUGUGCAGAUAUGUGUGGAGGUGCUGAUCUUGAACAUCAUUGUGGGAGGGGACUCCCUGACUGGGUGGGAGCCCUACGCCAGCCGCACUACAACAUGUACAACAUGCCUGGCAUCGCAGACAACGUCAUGAAGCACCUCGCUUUCCCUUCUCCCUCCUGUCUCCCUUAUCCCACGUCCAACACACAGGUGCUCAUCUCCAAUAUCAUCGUUCUGAUCUCGAACAUCAUAGUGGGGGGAGAUUCGUCCGACUGGGUGGGCGCUUUGAGGCAACCCCAUUACAACAUGUACAACAUGCCUGGCAUAGCCUACAACGUCAUGAAGCACCUCGCUCUCACCAAGCGCGAGCGCCGAUUCAUCAUGUUCGACUACGGCUCACCGCCAGCAACUGCUACCGCUGCUGAUCGCUGCAGCUCUUUCUUUCCGCCUCUCUCCCCCCUUUUUCUUGCUCCAGUGGGGGGAGAUUCGUCCGACUGGGUGGGCGCUUUGAGGCAACCCCAUUACAACAUGUACAACAUGCCUGGCAUAGCCUACAACGUCAUGAAGCACCUCGCUCUCACCAAGCGCGAGCGCCGAUUCAUCAUGUUCGACUACGGCUCACCCGCAGCAAACCUCGCAGUGUACGGCUCCCCCGAAGCAGUCGACAUUGGAGCGUAUUACCGUCUUAUUGAUAUCCCCAUUGAUGUUGUCGCCGGGCGGCGCGACCGUCUUAUUCCCCGGGAGAUGGUCCACUGGCACUACAAGACGCUGAAGGCCGCCGGGCGGCAGGCGUCGUACCGGGAGUUUGAGUAUGCACAUCUGGACUUCACGUUUGCACAUAAGGAGGAGCUGUUAGCAUAUGUGAUGCGGAGGCUCAGGGUCGAUCUGCCGAAGCUGCACCUCAUGCCGAACCUGUCGCCGAACCGGUCGCCGAACCUGCGUGCCCGCGUGGCGGAGUUUGAUAGGUCGAGGAGCUCGCCUGCCAUGGCUGGGAUGGCAGGUUUGGCGUCGGCCGUCUUCUCUCCUCUCGGAGCGUCAGUGGAUGAUUCCCCCACGCUUGAAGGGCAGCUGUCGUUUGCCGGGUGGCGGAGUGGGACCCCUGCAGUCGGGAAUGAAUGA